GCGUCAAACUCGAGAGGUUAGUCUUGUGUAUUCGCGAUACUCUGCGUAAUAACAAAGCUACACAGUACUUGUUGGGGUUUUAACUAUUGUUACUUUUAUCAACGAAUGUCUUCCUUGAGGCAUUAUUGAACUUGUUUAGCAAUGUGGCCUGAUCCAGCAGACCCUAAAUUUAAAAAGUUACGAUAUCCAGGUGGAACUCCAACCAAUAAAGUGGUGUAUUUAUUAACUCUUGGUACUUGUACAAUAAUAAUCGGUGGUUUUCACUUAAUAUCGUAUUUACCUUUCUUUCAGAAAAAAAUUGAAAGAUUGAGAGAAUCAACAGUAGCUCAGGACAAGAAUAGAGAAGUCAAAGAGUUUCUUUCUGAUCCUCUUGUUCAGAGAGCCCUAAGAUCUAAAGAAGCAGAGUACGAGGAAAACAGAAGACUUGAAAUUGGUUUAAUGUUUCCAAAAUAAUACCAACAUGUCAAGUGCAGAUAAAAAAAGUAUUAAGAGCAAACUGCAAUUGAAAAGACCUAACAGCGAAAGAAUUCCAAGUGUAGUAAGUGCAAGUAGUAAACUUGAUGAAAAUAAUCAGGCAAUUUUCAAUAGAAUUGAAUCUUCAAUAAAAGAAAUACCAUCUGAACCGUUCAAUGAAGAAGAUAGUUUGGCUGAUUUCAAAUCACCUAAGGGAGAAAAAGAGAAAAAACUAAAUUUAGAUAGGAAUCGUACAUCUCCAAAAAAGGAUAAAUCAUCUCGACAAGUUGAUGAAGAUGAUAGUUUAGCUGAUUUUAAAUCACCCAAGGAUGAAAAAGCUUACAAACCAAUAUUAGAUAGGUUUAAAAUUGAUGCUCAAAAGUCGAAGAAAAAAAUUUUUAAAUCCAAAACCAAAUCAAGAAAAAGUUUGACUGAUGCUAAACAACCUUCCAUAGAAUCAUCAUUUUUCAAACCACAACCUUUCAGUGAUGCCAAAGAAUCUUUUCCUUGUCCUUUGUGUUUGAAACCUUUUAAAGAUGAAGUGAUUCGGAUGAGCCAUUUGAAAAACUGUGCAACAAAAAAUAAUAUCACCACCAAAAAAGCUUUAGAUGCGAUGCAAUUACAAGACCGCCAAGCAAGUGAAAGAAGAUCUUUAGGUUUACCAGCAGCACCAAUAGUGCCAGAGAAGAAAAAAGUGUUUCGCAGUAAAAAUUAUAGCACUAAAGAUGAUCCGCAACUGCAGCUUGCAAUGGCCAUAUCUGAAUCCUUGUUUGAAGCAGAAAAAGCACAAUUUGAAGAAAAAGCUGUAUUAGCAGGUAUCCCUUUGGAAUGUGCUAAAGAAAUAAGCAAGGAGGAUUUAAAAACAAACUUGAAAAAAUUAGGAUUUUCUACAGAUGUAAAAACGAAAAAAAAAAAGCUUUGCGGUCCAACUAUUUUGCAAACACGCACGAAAGAAGACAAUGAUUGUGUGUUGACAGAGAGAAUCGCCUGCAUCAUAACCGGCGACGACGCGUACACGCAAGUUCAUAAAAACGAAAGUAUAGAUAUACCUGAGUAUAUACCGCCGGUUUUAAAUAGAGAACUUCUGAAAAACAUCGAAAUAAAGACUGACAGUGGCAGAUUAUGGGAUCAAACAAGACUCACAAAAAACAACAUUUGCUUUUACGUUGAUAAUUUGAAAGAACAGUUGUUGAGAAAACCUCUAGAGAAAGAUAAUGAAACUGAGGUUGUUGAAACUGAACCUGAGGAACUGUGCAUAAAAAAUCAACAAAAUAACAGUCUACUGGAUGUGUCAAUUGUUUAUGAACCAGUAGAUUUUGAUUUGUUUGUGAAUCAAGAGAUAAAGAAAACUGAACUUUCUGAAGACCUCUCAAUACAAGAUUCUAAAAACAUGGACACUGUCACUGAUUUUAUGAAAGAUAAAAUUAUUAAUUGGGCACAAGCAUUGAACGACAGCGGAGCAAGUGAUAUAAUUAUUUUUGUUAAAAAUGAUAAACAUAUUUAUGCACAUAAACUAGUUUUAUACGUUCAAUGUUCUAAUAUAUUAUUAGAUAUUGAAACAAAAACUGACAAUGAUCAACAUACUAAAGGUUCAAUUAAUUGGUCAUUUGUAGACCAAAAUUCAGCUUUAGCAUUUUUAGAAUUUGUAUAUUGCGGUGUUAUUGUGAAGUAUAAAUCUAUUUUUGAUCAAAGUGAACUAUUGCUUGAAGUGCAAAAGUUAGCUAAAAUGUAUAGUGUUCAACAAUUAUUUACUUAUAUAAAGAAAAAACAAAAAUAUAUUCAGUCAGAAAAAAUGAGUGAUAUAGGUGAUUCAGCCACAAAUGAGUCAUUGCUGAAAAAUAUUUUUGCUGAACGUAGCGGAUUUUCGAGGGAAAAAAGUUCUGAAGAAAAUAAAUUACAAAAGUCUAUUAGUGGUCAUCAUUCAGAUAAAAUUAGUUCAAAGGCAAAUACUAUUUUGGAAAAACAUCAAGAAUCAGUUAUUAUACCUUCAAUUCAAAAUGUAAAUGAGCGCCGCUUAACAGCUUCUCCUGAUUUGUUUGCUUCUGAUAAUGAAGAAAGCACCUUCACUUUUAAAACAGAAACAGCUGAAGGAAAUAGAAAAAAUUUUAUCACAGAGUCAGUUGAAAAAAUAAAAGAAGAAGAGGGUCCAUCGCACUCCCAAGAAACUAUUAUAAAUAUUUUAGAUUCUCCAGAUGAAAGUUCUCAAAAAUCACUCGAUCUCUGUAGUGAAUAUCAAGAGUCAGUAACACCAAAGAAAGAAAAAUCUUCAUUAGAUGAAAUUGUUGAAAAUGUAAGUAUAAAUGAAUUGAUAGCACAAGAAAAAAAUAAUUCAAAACAAAAAUCAUCUGAAUUGAGUCCAGAAGAUUUUGUUAAAUCAUUAAUAACAGAGAGGAGAGAUUCUGAUGAAUCUCUAUUAUCGGAGGAAAAUGAUUAUAAUUUUUGCAAAAGUAUUUUUGAAAAUACAAAUUCAGCUUUGGACAUAAAAAAUGAAAAAGUAAUUAAUUCUUCACCAACAAAAAAUGAAGAUCUAAACGAAUCAAUAUAUACAGCUGUUACUCCUCCCAGAGAUAUUAGUACACCUAAAAUUUCAACUGAAAAUAUUCCACAAUCACGUUCUGAUAUAAGUGAAUUUAUUGAUAAAGUUAAAAGAAAAAAUGCUAGAAGUAUCAUGGAUACUGAUUCUGAAAUUGACUCUCCAAAAGUAAUUAAUAGACCUCAAAAAGUAAUUAAUAGACCAAGAAAUCCAUUUCUUAAAAAAAAUCGCGAUGAUUCUUAUGCUUAUUUAAGAAAAGAUGGUAAUCCUAGUCCAUAUCAUAAGGUAUUAAGUCUUUUAGAAAAAGAUGUGAUGCAAGAGAAGCAAACCCAUACAAAGUCUGAUAAAUUAACAUCUAAACUGAAUAAGCCAGAAUUCAUACAAGUAUCUCGCGAAAUGUCUAACAUUUCCAAUAAUUUGACAAAUUGUAAAGCAAAUGACCAACAAAUUGAUGACGUUAUAUGUAUACCUGAUGACGAGGACAACGAAGAACUUGAGACAUUAAAUGAAUCUGAUAUGUCAAUGUAUUCAAAAUAUAAAAAAAAUCUUGAUCACGAUAACAGUAUUGCCAAUUACAGAUAUCAUUUAAAACAAAGCUCUGAAAGCAGUUCUGAUGCAGUGAGAAAUUUACAAGUUUGUGCUGAUUCUACCUUUUCUCCAGUUGCUAAUACAAAUGAAGCCAAAUUAAAUCCCCUAUUAUUGAGAAAAUCGUCAAAAAAAUCAAAUGAUGUGAUAGCUGAUGUAACAUUAGUUUCUGAUUCCGAUGAAGACAUAGAUUUGAAAAAGUUAAACCAUGUUGAUGAUACAAGCAUAGAAAAUACUUCUAAGAAUUGUAGCAGUGAAAGUAUUCAAGAUCAAGAUGAAACAAUAUCUUCAAAAAAAUCUUUAAUGGACAAUAUAACCCAUCGUAGAAAACCUAAAAUUCUUAACUCCACUACUUUGCCAGAACAUUCUAAAUUUUCAUUUGUUGACAUUGAAUUAUCAAGAGUGGGAAUAGACUCUAAAAAAAAGAAAUUUAAAAAGUACCUUUACUCUAAAAAAAAUAGUUCACUCACUACAAACUAUGAUCAAAGCUGUGAUGUUAGUGAGGAAUACAAUAAACUUGAAGAAAAAGUAGAUAAAGAAAUGAGAGCACUUCUUGAAGAUUUUCCAAAUUGUGACGACUUGUUUAAUUCUUCAAAUAAUAAAAUGAAAGAUGAAGCAUUAACAUCAGCAACAGUAACACAGAAUCACAAUAAUUCUUUAUUAAUAAAUAAUUCAUUAAGAAAUGAAAAUCAAAAUAACGAACUAGAAACUUUGGAUUUGAGUCCUGUGUCAAUUGCAACUACUCCAGAAGAUUUAAUCGAAACAGCUGUAUUAGAUAAUAAAGUUACACGACACAAAGAUCAAUCGAUUAAAUCUAGAAGCCAGAAUGAUGGGAAUAAAAUUCAAUUUGAAACAAUCGACGAUGAAUGCUUUGAUGAUAUAGAAGUUUUAGACUCAAAUGGCAGCAGGUCUAUAAAUCGUUCGCCUAAAAAAAUUAUUGAAAAAACUACUCUCAAAGGUUUCGACUAUUCGGAAGAGAAAUUGCACGCGAAAUAUAAGGCUAUUGAAAAAUGUAAAGAGCCAGAACUUGCAUCACUUGUAAAAUCUCCAAUUAUAUCCAACCCACGAAAGUCUCGUUUGUCAUUAUCUCUAAACAAAAGUAGAAAAAGACAAAGUGAGUCCCCUGAGGAAACAUCAGACAUCGUAAAAAAAUUCAAAUCUGAAACAACUUCUAUUCCAAGAACUGAAAACGAAUUUUCUUCACAACCCCAACGCCGAUUGCAAAAAUCUUCAUCAUUUACGGCAGGGACGCCUCAGAAUAAAGAAGACAGAAUCUCGGGUAAAUAUGGCCGUGCUGUAACACCACCUGUAAAUUAUAGCUUAUUGGGAACUCCCGAAUUACAUAAAGAACUGAAUAAAUUCGGUCUGAAGCCUCAACGUCGAGAAAAAGCUAAAUUGUUGCUGAAACAUAUUUAUCAACAAACGCAUUAUUCACUGUCUAAUAAAGAAAUAUCAACUACAAAAGAUAAAGGGGAAACUUCCAGCGAAACCGAUGAAUCUUCAUCAACCAUACCUCAAAAACCAGAUAUAAAUAAAAUGCCGAACUGUGACAAGCCAAAAACAAACAGAAAUAAAAAAUCUAAAGAGAAUGAAAAUAUAGCAGCUGAAAUGGGUUCUGAUAACUCUGAAAUUACCAGUGCUGAUAAUUUUGAAACCAUUAAUGUUGCAUUUCGUAGCUUACUUUCAAGUGAUCAGGAUCUUUACAAUAAAUGUUUGACUUAUGAACCGUUAGCAUUAGAGCCGUUGCAUUUAAAACUAAAAGAAAGCGGUGUUAAAUGCAAAAUUAAUUCUCUCAAAGAUUAUCUCGAUAAAUAUGGCAUAACAUUCCAAGUUCAAACUGGCAAACACAAAAGUCGAACGAAAAAAGGAUGAUUGAACUUAGUUAAAAUUAUUAGUAAAAAAUAGAUUUUU